CACACGCACACACACACACACACACGACCUGCAAGAGGAAAUGAGGAAACACACCGGAAGAGCAGAACACAGAUGAGCUGAAAGAGAUCCGAGGUGCAGCAUGGACAGAUUGAGCGUUUCUCUGCUGUUGAUUUGGGCAUUCAGAUGUUCAGAUGCAUUUAACAUGGACACAGAACAUCCACUGACAUUUAAUGGCAAACAAGAAGACUUCUUUGGCUACAGCGUUCAUCAGUACCAAUCUGAAAAUAGGAAAGAGAUCAUUGUUGGAGCUCCAUUAAAUAAUUCAACAGAGAGAAUUUACACCUGUCUCACAAAUCUAAGGAACUGUACACCACUGCAGCCAGGUUCAGAGAGUAACAGAUGGUUGGAUUUGUCAACUGCUGUGUCGUCUUCUGGUACCACAAGCAUCACUAGUUGCAGUCCAUUUCUUGCACAUGAAUGUGAUGGAAACUCGUAUCUUAAUGGUAUCUGCUACCAGUACAACAGCAGUUUACUGCCGGACUCCAACUUUACCACGGGUUUUCAAGAAUGCACAAAGCGAGAAGUCAAUCUGGUGUUUCUUUUUGAUGGAUCUGAAAGUAUGACAACAGAUCAAUUUAAUUUAAACAAAGAUUUCAUCAUAAAUAUUAUGACAAAACUAUCAAACUCCUCCAUAAAGUUUGCCGCUGUCCAAUUUUCCAAAUCUUUCCGAACGGUGUUUGACUUCAACGACUAUCAGAACAAUCGCGCUGAAGAGAAACUCAUGAAAGAGCCACACAUGCAUGAAAUCACAAACACGCACAAUGCAAUCAAAUACACAUUAGACAAGCUGUUGAAUAACGUGUCGUCUGGAGCAAACCCCAAUGCUACAAAGGCUCUGGUGAUAAUAACUGAUGGAGACCCCAGUGAUGUCGAUUAUGAUAAUGUCAUCAAGUUAUGUGAAGAGCAAAAUGUCCUCCGGUACAUCAUUGGGGUCGGAAAUGUUGGCCUAGAAAAACUGAAAUUGAUGGCUUCAAAGCCCAAAGACAACAACACCUUUUACAUUGAUAAUUACAGCGGACUCCAGGGACUCCUUGGCGAUCUGCAAAAAAAGAUCUACAAUAUUGAAGGUUCACAUGAAACAAACAAAAGCAACGACCGACAGAACUUUGAAUCAGAAUUAUCUCAGAGUGGAUUCAGUGUUGUCUAUCACACUACGGACUCUGUGAUCGUGGGUUCAGUGGGAUCUUAUAACUGGCGUGGAGUUCUGCAUGAAGUCAGAGGAUCUGGAUUCAGACAGACCGAGAUUAAAGAUCCAUCUGUCAAUAAAGACUCAUACAUGGGUUACUCUGCUGUUAUUGGACGGAGAGGCAACAUCUCUCUCCUCGUCUCUGGAGCUCCACGUGCUGAACACAAGGGUCUGGUGACGCUCUUUAACCAAAAUCAAAACACAUGGACUGUACAGAAGAACAUCACAGGAAUUCAGAUCGGGUCGUAUUUUGGAGCGUCUCUGAGCCUGUUAGACGUUGACUCUGAUGGAGAAUCAGAUUUUCUUUUGGUCGGGGCUCCGUUAUAUUACCGCUCUCAGCCGAGGGGAGAAGGGAGGCUCUACAUCUAUACUUUAUCAGAAAAGUCGUUUCUGAAGAUGCUGAACGUGUGCGAGUCAAAUGCAGGCAGAUUUGCUGCGUCUCUGGCGUCACUAAAGGACCUGAAUGGAGACGGGCUGUCAGAUGUGGCGGUCGGAGCACCGCUAGAAGAUGAAGGGACCGGAGUCGUGUACAUCUACCUCGGCGAUAAAACGCACGGCAUAAACCUGAAAUAUAGUCCUCAGCGGAUCUCAGCGAGGUCAGUUCUGUCCGGUCUGCAGCAGUUUGGAGUCUCUGUGGUGGGUGAGAUGGACAUAAAUGCUGAUAAUCUGACAGAUGUUGUGAUUGGAGCACACGGAGGAAUCGUUCUGCUGAAAGCUCGACCUGUGAUGUUUGUAUCUUCAAAACUCAGUUUCAGCCCCAGUGAAAUCAGCAUAAGUAACUUUACCUGUUCGGGGGUGGAUUUGUUUCAUGCAUUCACCCUCACUUCAUGUUUCACUGUGUUCGAGCGAACCAGCAGCACAGGUUCACUGAACAAGGAUCUGAAAAUCUCUCUGAAUAUUAAUCUGGAUGUUGUAAGAGCAAUGAAUCGAGGAUUCUUCAAGCUGCAUAAUUCAACAUCAAGGAGUCUUCAGAAGUCCAUCAUGCUGGUUUCUGAGGCCUCCUGUUUUAACUUCUCAAUCUUCAUGCCACAUUGUGUUCAUGACACGGUGACUCCACUAAAGAUUCAAAUGAAUUUCUCACAAACUGAGUUGCCGUCUGAUCAACCUUCAGCUAUUCUGGACAUCCACAGCCUGACUGAGAUGUUUGUCGAGGUACCGUUUGAAAGGAGCUGUAACAGUGACAAAUGUGUGGCCGAUCUACAGCUGAACUUCAGAUUUAUUAAUGAGACCCUACUGGUGGUGAAUCAAGCUUAUUUUAUGGUUCAUAUAACGCUGACCAACAAAGAAGACAACUCUUAUAACACCAGCAUAGUGCUGCACUACCCAGAGGGCCUGUCGUUCUCAAAAUUUGAUGCUAUUAAGAGUCGCACAACCAGCACCUGUGGCGAUCGAGAUGGCGGUGCUAGGAACAGAACCACCUGCAGUAUCAAUCUACCAGUGUAUCGAAGCGGGACUCAAACUGAGUUUCUAGCAACAUUUCGUGUGACCAAUCGGGACUACGACUGGCCAGAUAUGAUGGACAUGAUCAUCAUUGCCAACAGUGAUAACAACGGUAACACCACUGAUGGCACAGUGAAGAGGAGUAUACCGGUUAAGUUCGCCGUUAACUUGGCUAUCAGUGUGGUGAGUGAAGAUUCUGUCACGUAUCUGAAUCUCUCUCUGGAGGACAGACAGCCAAAAUCUCUCAGCAUCACCUACAAGGUGGAGAAUCUGGGCCUUAAAUCUCUGCCAGUAUCAGUCACACUCCUAUUGGCCUGUCCACAAAAAUAUGUGAUGUUCACACCGGAGAGCUUCAGCAUAAACCAGGUCUUCAGUCUCUCUAAUUUAACACAGUGUCAGAUGACCAAUGAGAAACAGGAUGGUUACUGUGGGAAGUUUCAGUGUGAUGAAUUUUCUCUGGAGACAUAUGCAGCUGUUUACUUUAUUCUGACGGCACAAGUUGCGCUUCAAAACACGAAAGAGUUUGAGUCGAGAUUUUCCUUCAACGAAUUCAGGACAGAUUAUGUCUUUAACAUCAUUGCCCAUCUGAACUACAACACAAGCCGCUACAACCAGAUGACGACGGGAUUAAAGGACGACCCCAGUAAAUCUCAGACCACAGUCAGGGUGGAGUUUGUAAUUCUGCCCAGUCGAUUGCUGAUUAUUGGCACGGGUGCUGGAGGUGGACUGAUCUUACUCAUUAUCAUCUUAGUUGUACUGCUGAAGUGUGGUUUCUUCAAGCGCAACCGUCCUGAGGAGUUGAUGACAUAUGGAAAUGGGUUAGAAAGCACACAUCAAGAUGAUCCUCUCAUGUCCAACUGCAGUGAUGGUGAUGGAGGUGCUCCUUCCCCUCUCAUCUUUCACGAAAAUGGAGAUAUAACGAUGGCUGAUAAAGAGAUGAAGAGCAGUGAUGGAGAGAUGAAGAGCAGUGAUGGAGAGAUGAAGAGCAGUGAUGGAGAGAUGAAGAGCAGUGAUGGAGAGAUGAAGAGCAGUGAUUAAAAGAUGAAGGGAAGUGAUGGAGGUGUAAGCGUGAAUGGUUUUAAAUGGUCUACAAAAGAAAAGCUUUGCUUCUGAAGGUCCAAAUACAGAGGUGCCAAGACCACCAUUCUGAUCAAAUGAAAUGAUCUUUCAUGUAGGGUUUUGUGAUAUUUCAUUGCAGUUCAGUUUGCUUGCUUUCAGUUGAACAUAAUUUAGUAUUUUUAGGUUAAGAAUUUGUUUAGUUUCAUCAUUUGUUUAUUUCAAUGUUUAGUGUGUUAAGUACGUGUGAGGGUCUGCAUGUGUUUUAAUAGCUGCUUUGUGUUUUGUUUGAAUAUUUUGUGCUUUACAGUAUUAAUAUCAGAAGUGUCAGUAAUGUAGGGAAUAAUAAAUGAGACAGGUGACAGUUCGACAGUUCCUCUAAAAGCAGGAGCAGGAUUUAUAUUAACCUGUAUUAUGUUCAGAAUAUCUAUGAACACAUUUUUCUUGAUAGAUUUCAAGCAGAUUUUUCCAUAUAUUUUUUUCCUUAUCAUUUUCAUUGUUUCCUUUUUCUUUAAUGUCAAUCCUGUGCUAUGAUCUGUAAAUAACCUUUAUUCUGAAUAUUAUAUGUUAAAUGUAAAAACACAUUGAAUAAUUAGCCAAUCAAAACAUUAAUAAAUCAGUUAAACGUAAGGAAA